UGGGGGCAGGGAUGAGACACUUGACGGAGUAAUCCACUUCUGAGUGUUUCUUCUUCUUCGUCUUCGUCUUCGUCUUCGUCUUCUUCUUCUUCUUCUUCUUCUCUCUCCUCCUUUUCUGCAUCUAGAGAGAGACAAAGCGGCAUAUAGAAAAGGAACUUGCUCUCCUUCCCUUCUCGUACGUGGAAAAAGCCAACUCCAUGCUCUUGGCCCCCAACCAUACUUCAAGCCUCUCUUAGAUUCAUUCUCCUAAAGGAUAACCCAUUGCCAGCGAAGCUCCGAUCUGCAUCUUCUUCCCCUCUAUGAUCGCCUCCGGCACCGACAUCGCCCGCUCCUUCGGCGUCGGCGGCGGCUUCGUCUCCCGGAUGAUGGCGGGGGCACGGCCGAAUGCAGCCGUCGCGGUCACGGCCUUGGCGGGCCUCGCUGUGGUCGUCGUUCUCUUCUACUCUGCCAGUAGGGGACGCCUUAAAUCGCCUUGGUCACGCAAGAAAAGAAAGCACGCACUUUCACCGCAACAAUGGAGGAGUUUGUAUACGCCAGAUGGGAAACUUCGAGAUGGCGGCCUUAAGUUUUUAAAAAAAGUUCGGAGUGGAGGUGUAGAUCCAAGUAUUAGAGCAGAGGUCUGGCCAUUCCUUCUUGGAGUCUAUGACUUGACCAGUUCUGAAGAAGAAAGAGAUGCUGUAAGAGUACAGAAGAGGAAAGAAUAUGAAAGGCUUCGCAAACAAUGCCGAUCUUUACUGAAGUUUGGGGAUGAGAGUAUGAAGUUGAAUGAUGAUGAUAUGAACUGCCACAAGGAGGGGGGCAUUCAGCAUGCUGCUCAUGGUGAUGGCUCUUCAAUGAACUGCAACAAGGAGGGGGACAAUCAGCAUGUUGCUCAUGGUGAUGACUCUUCAAUGAACUGCAACAAGGAGGGGGACAAUCAGCAUGUUGCUCAUGGUGAUGACUCUUCAAUGAACUGCAACAAGGAGGGGGACAAUCAGCAUGUUGCUCAUGGUGAUGACUCUCCUAGUUUGGGAGAUGUGAUAAGUGCUAGAGAAUCAAUUUCUAGUGAUGAAAGGGGUUUAAACUCGGGGGUUUUGUUGGAAGAGGAUGACAGUUCUAGAGGGAUGACAAAUGCUGAUUCUUCUGUUCUAAAUACUGAAUCAUCUGACUCAGAUUCGUCUGGGGAUCCUGAAGUUAGUCAUACAUUCCCUUCCUCUGAUGGUAGAGAAGAUAAUGAUCCUGAUUUCACCUCCAAAAAUUUGUCUCCCUUGGUUGAGGUUACAUCCAAAUUUCGCAGUAAUGAAGACUUUACAACAUGGCAGCGGAUCAUCCGUCUUGAUGCAGUACGUGCAAAUGCAGAAUGGAUAGCAUAUGCACCAUCCCAAGCAGCAGUAUCGGAUGAUAAGGCUAGGCAUUUGGCUGAGGUUGUUGGUUUGAAAGAUUACGAUCACCUAGAGUCAUCCAGGAUCUUUCAUGCUUCUAGGUUGGUCACCAUUCUUGAAGCAUAUGCUCUUUAUGAUCCUGAAAUUGGGUAUUGCCAAGGAAUGAGUGAUUUGCUUUCUCCUAUAAUUACCGUGAUAACUGAAGAUCAUGAGGCAUUCUGGUGCUUUGUAGGGUUCAUGCGGAAAGCUCGGCAUAAUUUUAGGCUUGAUGAGGUUGGGAUUCGAAAGCAACUGAACAUUGUAUCUAGGAUCAUCAAGUUCAAGGACUCCCACCUUUACAGACACCUGCAAAAUCUCGAAGCGGAGGAUUGCUUUUUUGUUUAUAGGAUGGUUGUGGUACUCUUUAGAAGGGAAUUGACAUUUGAACAGACACUGUGCCUAUGGGAGGUGAUGUGGGCUGAUCAGGCAGCUAUUAGAGCUGGUGUAGGUAAAUCAGCUUGGAGCAGGAUUAGGCAACGAGCCCCACCCACGGAGGAUCUGCUGCUCUACGCAAUUGCUGCCUCGGUAUUGCAGAAGAGAAAGUUGAUUAUAGAGAGAUACAACAGCAUGGACGAAAUAAUAAGGGAGUGUAACAGUAUGGCCGGGCAACUUGAUGUAUGGAAACUAUUGGACGGUGCUCAUGAUUUGGUGGUGACCCUCCAUGAGAAGAUAGAAACCUCGAUUUAACGAGUAAAUGCCCAAUUGUUGGGUUGUUAGUUUACGUGCCAUUCUUCCUGGACCCGUAUCUAGGCUUCUGCUUGGAGAAAGUGCAGCUCUCUUGGCUCUUAUUCAAGGGGGUAGCCAGAUGUUUCUUUUGCUCACAUUCUUGUAGCUCACUCAAAGCUCACUCAAGUUGUAGUGACGGAUUUUAAUGAUGAAUCACUAUAAUUUGCAUAACAUUGCAUCCUCACCUUGAUCUGUUUCAGAGUGGCUGCAUAAUAGCUGAAAAUGGGAGUAGCCUAUCGACAAGCACGAGAAUGAAUUUUGAAAAAGUAGAAAAUAUCAGGUCAUUUGUGUACGUUUAGCUGGAGUAAUAACUUCUGGUCUACAUUGUUGGUUGUUUUUUUGUGAACUUGGUUCAUGUAAUCUGUUUCCAGUUAACCAAAGUCUAUAUGCAAGAAUUUUAGUCGAAUCUUUCCG